AUGAUUACAAAUACACAAUUACAGGACAAUUUUCGAUUCAAGCGUUCUUUAUUUAUCUUCCAUUUAGUCGAUUUCCAGCAUCUUCCCAGGCCGGGAUGUGUCUCCAAUAAUACGACUCCUAUCUUUUGGAACCCUUUGCUUAAUUUUGACUCAUUAGCUUCGUAUCCCCGCAGACCACUGGCCAACGCAUCCUCAACAGAUAUACAUAGCACGACCUUGCAAGCCUUGGAUUUUGCAGACUUUAAUACUCCUUUGUCCUCAAACGGGGUCCAUUUUGAAGAAGGUGGGCAGAUAAAGACUGAUUCCACUUUCAACUCCUCCUUGCUUACACCUGCCUCCAGCUCCUUAGUCAGCUCAGAAGGCUUUAUGGCUCUAGAGGAGCCAAAUGUCGGCCGCACAGAGUGGUUUACACCCUAUGACAUCCAGAGCAGGUAA